GUAAUAUAAUUUUAGGUCCUAACUCGUGAUUUCGCCACGAAACAGAGUGCGGGAGGGAAGAUUGGGGUUUCGGAGGGAAAAUUUUGAGUUUCCCUCCCUCGUUCUUCUCUUCCCUCUUCAAUCCCCCAUCCAAUCACUACUAUUCCAUUUCCAUUUGCUCUCACAUCAACAAUGAAGUUCAAGGCGUUUCUUACAGAAAACGGAGUGAUCCUACUAGAACGUCGAUUCAUCCCCGCACUCGAAAAAAUGGGAAAAACCUGCCACCUCUACCUCACCAAAGACCACGCAAUCUUCCUCCACAACCUCCUCAACGGCGACGGAAUCCAAUCCAUCGCACAAUUCCGCAAAGAAGCCCUCUUCGACGACUACCGCAUCUCCAGUCAAAACGACGACCGCAUCGCCUUCUCCAUCGACCUCUCCCUCCUCCUCCGCGCCCUCCGCAGCAGCGUCGCCGUCUCGUCACAAUACUCCGCCGCCUCCGCUGCUAACCCUAACCGUCUUCAGAUCAAGCUUGUUAAGAAGCUUCCGCCUAAUUCGACUAAUCCCACGCCGUUCCUCACGUUUGAGACAAGUGGAUUUAAAUCUGCUGUGAUUCAGGAUAUUCCGAUCUCGAAGCCGUUGUCUAGAGCUCAGGUUGUUGAGCUUCAGAAUGCUCUUGAUUUGGCUCAGGAUCUUCCUCAGACACUGCUUCAGGUGCCUGAUUUGAUUCAGAUGCUUAAUUUUGUGGACCGGAUGAAGCAUGUGGGAGAUGUGGUGAAUGUGUUCAUAAGCAAGUAUGGGGAUUUGAGGGUGCAGGUUUCGACCACGUUGAUCAGCCUCGGUGCCGAGUUUCGAAACCUGUUGGUGAUCGGAGAGCAGGCCAAUGCUCCUGCUGAGGAUCAAAACCUCACCGCUCAGACGCGCUCAGCGAGGUCAAUUCUGAGAGGAGAUGCUCAGUCUGUGCAGGUGAGUGUGAAGCAUUUCGCCAAGAGUCUGCAGUGUCACCUGGCCAAGCCGGAUUGCGCUUUCUAUGGGGUUGCUCCUCAGGGAAGUUGUUUGACGGUGAUAUUCCAGUUCUUUGUCCCUGGUACUCGCCACACUGAUAAGUCAAUCAGCUUACAUUGCAGGCUUCCUGUCCUUGACCCUGGUACUGGUUAAACUCCCUACACCCUCAUGGUUGUGUGUAAAUCCUUUCUUGUUAAGCUUAGAAAUUCUGUUGGCAAAAUAGUAAGAGUAACUGAUGUGCCAAGCUCUUAACUAGAUAUCAAGUUGAUUUUUUGUAUUCAAUGCCAAGUUUACAUUAUGUGUAUGAUAGUUAUAUGGUUAGAGUAACAUGAAGGAUAUAGGACUGAGAAGUUGUUUUA